AACAGGACGUGACACGAAAAAGUUUAAGGGGCUUUAGGGCCCCUUCAAAUCAUGUGACAUAAAAGUACAUUAUGUGAAUGAUCUACCCUGUACCUGGUCUAUGGCAAAAGUUUAGAAUGGGGAGUGCUGCAAAAGUUAUGGUGUGGUAAAGUGGGGUGAAUGUAACAAAAGAAAAUCUACAGUUCCGAGAUAUUUACGAUUUGUUGUUUAUGAUUGCUCCUAGCGUAGAGAUAUGUUUUCGCAAUGUACUUUGUGAUUAAAUAAGCAUAAUUUGUAAUAUUAUGCACGAAUAAUUAAUCUCAGAGCUCCAAAGAGUAGUGAAUGCUUUAGUUCAAGAUCAAGUCGCGACAACUGUUUUAAAAUAUUGAGGGACAAACAAAUAUGUAAAUAGAUACCUUCAUACAUAGACGGUGCUAAACAUUUUAUAAUUUUUAAGUUUUUUGCGGGAGAGGUGCAAUGAAGACCAUCAUUUAUUAGUGAAUAAUAACUUUAAUUUAAGAAUAAAAAUUAUAAUUUUAAACAUGGACGAAACUCCGUCUAAAACGACAGAAACGGUGUACAACAUAGCUGAUACUAAUCUACCUGCAGUAAUGGCUAGUCUAGAAAUGCUCACGGUAACAAAUAAUUUAGCAACUCCAGGAGAUGAAGAAGUACUUAAAAAAACAAUGACAGUGACAGACUCCAAUGAAAAUCUUAACAGAAGAUGUACUUUGAGACCUAGAAAGAGGACAAGCAUAGGGGCAGAAUUUAAUGAAAAUGGAAAUAAGCAACAAGUAAAGGAAAUUGAUGUCAAAGAAUAUUACUUAAAUAAAAAUUUGAAAAGAAAAUUAAACAGUUUAGAAACAAUUUUUGAAGAAAAAGAUGAUACGAGUGAAAGUACAAUAUAUAUGGGAGUCAAGAGAUAUAGACGCAUGAUACAAUUUCAACAAAAACCAUCAGAUUCCAAAAUAAAGAAGAGAAAAGCAAAAAUAAAAAAAUUGUUUGGGUCAAAGAGCAAUUUUAAACGAAAACGUGCAUCUAUGCAAAUGUUACUGAAUAAGCUAAAUGAUAUUAGAGCAGAAUCUCCCGCAAAAGUUAAUAAUGAGAUAAAAUGAAACUGUGUGGAAGUAUUAAAGUGUGAAAUCAAAUGGUUUGUGAAAUGGAAAACUCUGAACAAAGUAUUUCUUUUUUUUUUUUCAAAAGAUUCUAAUUUGUAGCAUUAUAUUUUAAUUUUUGAUAUAUCUAUUGAAAGUAGUAUAGCAUAAAAGGUACUUAAAAUUAAAAUAUAUUAAUUACAUAACAAACAUUUUUAUAUACUACAUUAUGUUCAUACAUAUGCAUCGAAGAAAUCUUUCAAAAUAUAUCAAUUGUGCUAUGAGGCCACUGAUAUCACAUGUGGAUUUCUGGUAAAAUAAGUAUUACCAGAAAAAUUUAAGAUUAUUAGGUGAAAUCCAUAAAACAAUUUAAUUUAUAAUUUUGCAUAAGUUUGAUGUUAUAUACAUCUUUGUUUAAUCAUAUUAUUUCCAAAUGCAUUUAAGUAAUAUAUAGUAUUAUACUGUAUGUGCUUUCAAAGUUUGGCAAAUUGUAUUUUGUAACAAUAAUAAGCAAUUUAUUGAACUUUUAAAACAGCACAAACUGAGAAAGACUGACAACACGAAAAGUGCUAUAAACAUUCUUAAUGAACAAAUAUGAUGUACUGUUCUUUAUAAAUAUAUUGUAUUUUGUAUUACAAAUUA